AUGUCGGGAAAGGGAAAGGAAUCUGCGUGGAUUGUUACAUCCCCUACGGAUAGGGUAGUAGCGGCUAGUUUGUUCGUGAUGGGAGGCGGUCCUGGCUUCACAUUCGAAGUGGAUGGAUUCAAAGAUGGGCCCUACCAAACCCUUGGUCAAAAGAUUCUGCACGGUGAUAAUUAUUCGGACGAAGAGCGUGCUGCGUUAUCUGCUCCAUAUGAUCGUCAGAGCUGCUCGUCGUGGACCAAGCUAGGACAUGACAGGUCGUUCUCUUCCUCAGGCUUCACGAGGUCUCGCGUUGGUGAUUCGGCACGAUCAUGUUGCGAUCAUGACGGGGGCAACACGACGAAGAUCUAUCAGUACUGGAGGAAGCCGGCUUCCGGGCGUGAGAAGCUCCCGCCUCUAAGCGCAGGCCCGAAGCUCGUCACAAGACAAGUCGCUCGAAGGUGUUCUCAAAUUCGAACAAAUGAAUCGUACCCUCAAGAUUUCUUUCCGCAACUGCGCGGUGGUGAUCGGAUCGUAUUCUUCAUAAAAAAGUUGCUGGGACAGACGCUAGGACAAUGGUGCGGAAGCAGAAAGGAAUGA